CCAGAUGUAGAAGGUGAAGCCAAAACUCAGAAACUUCUCUUAACAAACCAACUCUCAGCCCAACUCUUGAUACCAUGGCCUGCUGUUCCACCAGCUUCAACGGAUUUCCCAUCUGUUCUACUGGUGGGAACUGUGGCUCCAGCUGCUGCCAGCCAACCUGCUCCCAGACCAGCUGCUGCCAGCCAACUUGCGGCCAGCCAACCUGCUCCCAGACCAGCUGCUGCCAGCCAACUUGCUGCCAGACCAGCAGCUGUGAGACUGGCUGUGGCAUUGGUGGUAGCAUUGGCUGUGGCCAGGAGGGUGGCAGCGGAGCUCUGAGCUGCCGCACCAGGUGGUGCCGCCCUGACUGCCGCGUGGAGGGCACCUGCCUGCCUCCCUGCUGUGUGGUGAGCUGCACCCCACCAACCUGCUGCCAGCUGUACCUCGCCCAGGCCUCCUGCUGCCGCCCAUCCUACUGUGGACAGUCCUGCUGCCGCCCAGCCUGCUGCCUCUGCUGUGAGCCCACCUGCUGUGAACCCACCUGUCAGCUGGCCCAGACAUAUAAAAGGCCUGACACAGAAGUCACCAUCAAAAGUCCUCCAAGCAUUCCAACUCUCAGCCCAACUCUUGAUACCAUGGCCUGCUGUUCCACCAGCUUCAACGGAUUUCCCAUCUGUUCUACUGGUGGGAACUGUGGCUCCAGCUGCUGCCAGCCAACCUGCUCCCAGACCAGCUGCAGCCAGCCAACCUGCUCCCAGACCAGCUGCUGCCAGCCAACUUGCUGCCAGCCAACCUGCUGCCAGACCAGCUGCUGCCAGCCAACUUGCCGCCAGACCAGCAGCUGUGAGACUGGCUGUGGCAUUGGUGGUAGCAUUGGCUGUGGCCAGGAGGGUGGCAGCGGAGCUCUGAGCUGCCGCACCAGGUGGUGCCACCCUGACUGCCGCGUGGAGGGCACCUGCCUGCCUCCCUGCUGCGUGGUGAGCUGCACCCCACCAACCUGCUGCCAGCUGUACCUCGCCCAGGCCUCCUGCUGCCGCCCAUCCUACUGUGGACAGUCCUGCUGCCGUCCAGCCUGCUGCUUCUGCUGUGAGCCCACCUGCUGCGAGCCCACCUGCUAAAAACCAGGUUACUCAUUUUCAGUUGCUCAGGAUACAGCAUCUCUGAACAAUUUAUCCCCUCAACCACCCAUGGACCACAGUGAAAGUUCUUAAACAUCCAUUUGGACUUUUGUUAUGGGAGCUACCAAAUGUAUGAGUUUUAUCUGAUUUCAUCCUGCAGUGAAUAUCUUGACUUUCCACUGUGGACACAGAAAUGUUGCAAACCCACCUGCUGAUCAUCAAAUUGCUCUGGAUAUACUAUUUCUGACUUUCUUGCCAGGUUCAAAAUUGCUGACAUAGUGUGGAGUUUAUCCUUGUGAACUGUCCACAAGUCUAAUUCCCCCUGCUUUAUGAUCUAUUUUUAACUUCUUUUUACCUGAAAAUUUUUUCCAUCAUCAAAAGCAACAGAGUAUAGCCACAUAACAUCUUCAGACAUCACCAGCAAGAAAUAGAAGCUCUUCACCCAACAUUCAGCCUCUAAGAAGGAGCCUAGACUCAUCCAUAUUUCAACUUCUGAUUCCAUCUCCCUUUUUUUGGAUCAUAAGGAUCAUGCCUGUCGGCUAUUUCAAUUAGAAUCUGUGAUACAGUAUCUUCUGUCAUUUCUUAAUAAAUGUUAUAUGCUGGGCAAGGAAA